AUGGCGGACGGCAGACAGCAACGGGCGGCGUCCCAGCCUGCCUCGAACAACUACGAUGCUACUGCUCUCAGCCGCGAGUUUGAACAGUUGAUGCGCACAAAACGAUUUAACCAGCUACAAGAAUCUCGAUCCGUUUCUCGAUCGCCAGCGCCCGUGGCCAGCCCUUCCAUUCCACCGCCCUCUCGUGCUCCCCCGCCACCACCCUUCGGCGCUUCGCCGCACCCGUCUCAAGCACCGCCCACUCCGAAAUCGAAUGCGCUCAAGGGUCUUCCCAUCAUGCCCUCACCACCCCACGAUGCCGCCUCAUUGAAAUUCUUCAAUCUCUUGAAGGGUCUCUCCGUCACUCCCACCAAAUACGAGAACCCUGGUCUUCUCGAUGAAGCUCUCUGCAUCAUUCCACUCGAUCGCCUGUAUUCAGAGGCCGAGGAGGAAAGCCAGAUCAUGCAUGCCCAAGCCGCCAGCACCAAGGGAAAGCCGGAAUGGGGAUACCAGGAUUGUGUGAUCCGCGCAUUGCUAAGAUGGUUCAAGUCUUCUUUCUUCCAAUUCGGCAUGACUCCCCCCAGCCCCGAUGAGACCGCCCGUGGAGCCACCCGUGUGGAAUUGUACCGCUGCUCAGAAGCUACCUGCGGUGCUUAUGAACGAUUCCCUCGCUACUCCGAUGUCUGGCAAUUAUUGCAGACCCGCCGAGGCCGAGUUGGUGAAUGGGCCAAUUGCUUCAGCAUGUUGUGUCGCGCGGUUGGAGCUCGGGUUCGUUGGGUCUGGAACUCAGAGGAUCACGUCUGGACUGAGGUGUACUCGGAGCACCAGCGACGAUGGGUCCACGUGGAUGCCUGCGAGGGCGCCUGGGACCAACCCCGUCUGUACACUGAGGGAUGGAACCGCAAGAUUUCCUACUGUAUCGCCUUCUCCAUUGACGGAGCCACUGACGUGACCCGUCGCUAUGUUCGCAACUUCGCUAAGAACGGUAGCCCUCGCGUCCGCACUUCCGAGGAAGUUGUUCUCUGGUCGAUUCAUGAAAUCCGACGCAAGCGCCGCGAGAACAUGUCCAGUGCUGACCAGGCUCGCCUGAUGAAGGAGGAUGAGCGUGAAGAGCGAGAGCUCCGUGCCUACACUGCCUCCGCUCUGGCGGCUGAGAUCAACAACCUCCUCCCCCGCAGCGCGACUGCCCGGGCUCACGAGCAGAAGCACGCCGAUGCUCUCCAAGAGGCUUCCACCGAAUGGCUCGCGGCUCACGGCCACGGCCACUCGGGACCUGACCGUUCGCCCGGUGGGAGGUAA